AUGUCUGAUGCCUUCACCUCCAAAGUCCUUAUCGUCGGCGCCGGUCCGGUCGGCCUCGUCGCAGCGCUGGCUCUCUCGUUGAACGGAGUGAAAGUGCGCAUCAUCGACAAGCUUCCCGCUCCUGCCGUUGGCCAGCGUGGUUCUACCAUAGCCCCGCGCACCCUUGAGGCGUACCGCCUUCUGGGUAUCCUACCCGACGUUCUCAAGCUCGCAACACCCUUCCCAGAGAUCCAGGAUCAUUCUCCUGAUGGCACACCCGGACGGCGCUUCUCUAUUCUCCCGCGCUUGCCGCCGUCCCCCGCGGUGCCGUACCCUAACCACUUGCAACUCGGACAAGACUACGUCGCGGGGAUACUGCGCGAACACCUUGAGCGUCGAUGCGGGGUCAAUGUUGAAUGGGGUACGGAGUGCGUCGGGCUGGAGCAGGAUGGCGAUGGUGUGAAUGUUGCCAUAAGGAAGGGAGAGACCGAUGGGCGUCUAAAAGUUGAAUAUGUCAUCGGCGCUGACGGCGCUAAGAGUAUGGUGCGCAAGCUCACAGGCUUCUCCUUCGAGGGCGAGACGGCAGCGGACACGCGUAUGCUCAUCGGCGACGUUGAGCUAUCGGGCUUCGAAGGAGAAAGCACGGACCCAGCCAUCCGCAUGUUCAAAGACGACGACGGUAACAAUAUCAUAAUCCGACCUGUCCCCGAACGCCCAGGCCUAUGCUUCAUCGUAUCCCGCGGCCCUCUGCUCGAUAUCCCGCGAGCAUGUGCCGAUCAUGCAUACCUUUUAUCUCAUAUCCGGUUCCUCGCGUCUCGUGAAGACAUCAAGAUGGGCGCGGAGUGCACCGUAACGGAAUGGCACCUCAACGUUCGCAUGGCGAAUACCUUUCAGAAGGGACGCAUCUUCAUCGCGGGCGAUGCCGCACAUGUACACAGUCCUACCGGAGGACAAGGGCUGAACAGCGGUGUAAUGGACGCGAUGAAUCUUGCUUGGAAGCUCGCCCUCGUUGUGCGCGGGGCUGCCAUACCCUCACUCCUCGACACCUACAGUACCGAGCGCACGCCACCCAUACGCGAGAUGCUCAACCUCACGACCACACGCACAAAACACAACUUCGCGCUCAAGCGGACAGCAGAUGCAGCAGCGCACCCGCUAGCCUUCCGCAUGCUGGGCGUGCAUUGUCGAGGCAGCGAUAUCGUCAACGACGAACUGGUCGUCGAUAGGCGGACCGAAAUCGAGGAGGUCAGCGCUUACGGAGGCGAGGGCGAAGACACUGGGCGCGUUCAUGCUGGUGAUCGAGCGCCUGACGCGCCUGGACUACGCGAUGCCGACGGCACGGAACGCAGCCUUUUUGAUCUCUUCGAUUUGGCGAAGCACACUGUUCUCGUCUUCGACCCUGCGCUCGUGGACGAGCUGCUAGGCGCCGUUCAGACAUUCGAAGUAGAAUGCAUACAGACGUUGUUGGUGCUGGAGGCAGGCUCAGCGUCGUGUACCAGCCCUCGCGGUGUGCAGGUCGUGGUUGACUUCAAGGGGCUCGCGUCGCAGGCGUAUUCGGUGGCUCAGGGCACGCGUAUCGCAGUCGUGCGCCCAGAUGGCGUUGUGGGCGGUAUGCUCAAGGGUACAAAGGGUGUCAAUGACUACUUUGCGCGUGUCUUGAACUCUGUUGCUUGA